AUGAACCCUCCGGAUGAUGCUAGGGCAUUAGUCAACACCUCCGACACUCGCGUGAGCUCUGCGAACUCCCACCCGGAUCGCCCUAGUGACCGCCGUGGCUUCGAGAUAGCUAUCAUCUGUGCAUUGGCCCUUGAAGCAGAUGCUAUUGAAGCUUUGUUCGAUCAUCACUGGGAAGACGACGGCCUACCUUUCGAUAAGGAGCCAGGCGACCCUAAUGCAUACUCAACUGGCGUGAUCGGUCGUUUUAAUGUUGUCCUCGCAUACAUGCCAGGAAUGGGCAAGGUCAAUGCCGCUACCGUCGCUGCAAACUGCGGGAAGAGCUUUCCAAGCAUCAAGCUUGCUCUCGUUGUCGGCAUCUGUGGUGUCGUUCCUUUUACCACUACUGAGGACGAGAUCGUGCUAGGCGACGUCAUCAUCAGUAACGGGGUCAUCCAGUAUGACUUUGGUCGACAGUUUCCCGAGCGCCUGGUGCGUAAGGAUACCUUGCUAGACGUCCCUGGUAGACCCAACCUGGAGAUUCGGGGAAUCUUGACAAAGCUGCAAGGUCUCCGACACCGUCGUCAAUUGAGCGCUAAGAUCGAAAGCUUCUUGGAUGUUCUCCGUCAGGAUCCAGAACUUCAUGCUGAAUAUCCUGGACUUACGGAAGAUAAGCUCUUUCAGGCCACAUAUCGUCAUGCUGAUGAUCAGAAGUCAUGUGAACAGGCUAAAUGCGAAGGUGACCUGGUUUCACGAAGCCGCCUAUCAAGAACGGAUAACCCUCCGAAGCCUGCUGUGCACUUUGGUUUGAUGGCAUCUGCAGAUACAGUUAUGAAGUCUGGCGAAGACCGUGACCGUAUUGCCUUGGCGGAAGACGUUAUAGCCUUCGAAAUGGAAGGUGCUGGUGUCUGGGAUAGCUUCCCAUGUGUCAUUAUUAAAGGCGGUUGUGACUAUGCCGAUAGCCACAAGAGUAAGGUCUGGCAACGAUAUGCAGCAGCCACGGCGGCAGCUUGUGCAAAGGCAUUUCUGAGCUUCUGGACCCCGUCAGUUACUCAAGAUGUCACGUGUCUAACUGCAAACCUGAAGAGACGCUGCUCUCUGGCAGAUCGAGAAUACUUUGAUCCAAGAAAACGGCUCGCUGAAGAUCCCGCGAUACAGGAAGUGAAAAUCGGACAGACAGUAACUCCAUCGCAAACCGGAGAGAAUGCGACAACGAAAUCCAGGUCUCACUACCUACCGCUACGGAAGAACAAGAACUUUACAGGUCGUGAGAGGGUGAUCGCUGACCUCCGGCGGCUUCUCUUCACUGAUCCCGAUGGCCAACGAGUCGCUCUUUACGGGUUGGGCGGCGUGGGAAAGACCCAGAUCGCCAUUGAACUUGCACAUAUCGUGAAGAAACAAGACCAGGUAGACCAGGUAGACCGCAACUAUUCUGUCAUAUGGAUGCCCGCGUUGAGCAUGGCAAGUUUCGAACAAGCCUGCACAAAGAUGAUUAGCGAGUUUGGCAUCAAACGAGCUAACGAUGAGGACCCCAAAGAAACAUUCAGGAGGUUCUUGAACUCCGAGAAAGCCGGAAAGUGGUUUCUCAUCAUCGAUAAUGCAGAUAAAAUCGAGACUCUGUAUGGAACGACUGAGGCCCCGGGGGGUAUCGACAAGUUCAUACCAGAAUCCGAGAACGGUUGCAUUUUGUAUACAACCCGAUCUCGUGAAGUUGCCAUUAGCGUCGCGCAAAAUAAUGUCGUUAAGCUGUCAGAAAUGGAUGACCAGGAUGCGAAGGCCCUCUUGCAGGGUUUAUUGAUCGAAAAAGACCAGAUGCAGGACACCGCUCUUGUCGACGAACUUCUACACAAGCUUGCCUAUUUACCUCUUGCUAUUACCCAAGCUUCAGCAUACAUGAAAGUCAAUGAGAUCUCAGUCAAAGAAUAUCUCCACCUCCUCCAAAGCACCAACCAAGAUAUGGUGGAGUUGCUGAGUUGUGGCUUCCGUGACAGUACCCACUACGACGCUUCCCAAGGUGCUGUUGCUACGACUUGGAUUGUAUCCUUCCAACAAAUUCGCUCUCUUCAUGAAGAUGCUGCCACAAUCCUUUCAUGCACUGCCUGUCUUGAGCCGAAAGCAAUACCCCGAGCCUUGAUUCCACCACUGGAUUCAGAACAAAGAAUGACUCGUGCUCUCGGUACUCUCUGUGGAUACAGCUUCUUGAGUAAACGAGAAGAUGGCGAGACUUUCGACAUGCACAGCCUCGUGCACCUCGCAACACAACUAUGGAGUGAAGAAGAGGGACUUGAGACCGAGACACGCCAGAUGGUAUUCUUACAUAUUGCUGAGGUCUUUCCAUACAACGACUGGGAGAAGCGUGAGUUAUGGCAGCAGUACAUGCCACAUACACUAAGACUCGUAACAAACACGGAUGGUGCCGAGCCUAGAGGCAUAUGCCUACUCGGUGAUAAGGUUAGCCGAUGCUUGGUGAUAGACGGACAGACAAGACAGGCAGUGCAUAUACUUGAGUCUGUAGUUGAGGUCCAGAAGAAAGUCUUGGCAGAAAAUGACCCUGAUCGAUUAACACUAGAGCAUGAGCUUGCAUUCGCAUAUCGACGUGAUGGGCAGAUGAAGCAGGCAAUUGAACUGCUCGAGUAUGUGGUUGCAAUGAGAGCAGACCUAGCAGAGAAUAGCCCAAGCCGGCUGACAUCACAGCAUGAGCUUGCAUCGGCAUAUACCUCUAACGGGCAGACAAAACAGGCAAUUGAACUGCUUGAGCAUGUGGUUGAAAUGAGAGCAGACUUAGCAGAGAAUAACCCAGAUCGGCUGGCAUCACUGUAUCAGCUUGCAUUGGCAUAUCACUCUAAUGGGCAGAUAAAAGAAGCAAUUGAACUGCUUGAGCAUGUGGUUGCAAUAGAAGCAGACUCAGCGGAGAAUAACCCAAAGCGGCUGGCAUCACAGCAUGAGCUUGCAUCAGCAUAUACCUCUAACGGGCGGAUAAAAGAGGCAAUUAAACUGCUUAAACAUAUAAUUGCAGUCCAGGCGGAUAUAUUAGUAGAAGACCACCCAGAUCAGCUAACAUCAAAAUACUCACUUGGGGUGGUAUACCAAGACAACGGGCAAACAAAAGAAGCAAUUGAGCUGCUUGAGCAUGUGGUUGCAAUGGAAACAGACUUAGCAGAGAAUAACCCAAGCCGGCUGGCAUCAGAAAAUUCACUUGGGGUAGCAUACCUAGAGAACGGGCAAACAAAAGAGGCAAUUGAACUGCUUGAGCAUGUGGUUACAGUCCAGGCGCAUACAUUAGCAGAAGAUCACCCAGAUCGGCUGGCAUCAGAACAUUCACUUGGGGUAGCAUACCUAGAGAACGGGCAAACAAAAGAGGCAAUUGAACUGCUGGAACAUGUGGUUACAGUCCGGGCAGUUGUACUACCAGGGGACAAUCCUCGGCGGCAGGAAUCAAUAUGGAGCCUGCAGUACUCCUAUGAUAUGUUAGAAAAGGUCAGCGUUUCAGGAGUUUCGGACGGCGGUGAACCUGUUGAUGCAAUGUAA